AUGGGGAUCAGGUGGCCUCUGCACAGGUCCAAGAUGGCCGAUGCUGACGUCUCAAUGCCUCCUCUUCACUCCCCUGUCACCAGGAGGACGGAUGCCAACACAGUGAUCGACCCGGAAGUGGCUCUGAAGGCCUGUCAGGAGUCGUGGCUGCUGCGCCUGUUUGAGUCAAAGCUGUUUGACGUUUCCAUGGCAAUCUCGUACUUGUACAAGUCGAAGGAGCCAGGCGUGCAGGCAUACAUUGGGAACCGUCUUUUCAGUUUCCCCGAAGCCGAUGCAGAGUUCUACCUGCCGCAGCUGCUCAGCAUGUACGUGCACAUGGAUGCAGAGGUGGGAGACGCCAUCCGCCCGUAUUUGUUGUAUCGUUGUCGUGGGUCCAUCACCUUCUCCCUGCUCUCUGCUUGGCUCCUGGGGGCCUACUCCAGCGACAUGCACAUCUCUACCCAGAGGCACUCCAGGGGAACCAAAUUGAGAAGACUGAUCCUGUCUGAAGAGCUAAAGCCCAACCACAACCACAGCUGCCAUCUACACACAGGUCGACCAGUGUGUGAUGACGUGUCCUUGGCCUCUCCGUCUCGCCGCACUCAUCAAAGAUCGAAAUCGGACGCUUGCACAGGGACCAGUAUGACUGGAGCAGCUCUGCGGAGGAGCGGCAGUAACCCCCGCGUGGAGCAUGAGGAGCCCGAGCGCCUGCGUCCCCAGAGGGAGUUUGUGAAGUCGCUCCUCUGCAUCGGGAAACGUUUGGCCACAUUGCCGACCAAGGAGCAGAAGACGCAGCGGCUAAUCUCCGAGCUCUCUCUGCUCAACCACAAGCUGCCCGCCCGAGUCUGGCUCCCCACGGCCGACCACCAGCACCACGUGGUCAGAGUGCCUCAUACCCAAGCAGUGGUGCUUAACUCUAAAGACAAGGCUCCAUACAUAAUCUACGUGGAGGUCCUGGAGUGUCCUUCCUUUGAGACCUCUCCAGUCCCAGCGCGGAUCCCUGAGACUCGGAUCAGGACUGCACGCUCGGCUGAGAACCUGGACUGUGGCUCUGGGGGCGGAGCUAUGUUGACGGAAAACCCAGGGGGCGGAGCCAUGACCACGGAGCACCGAGCAGGAAGUUACUCCACAGUCCAGAACUAUGACAAUGACGACGAGGCCUGGGCCACAGACGACAUUGGCCAGCUGCAGGUGGAGGGCGAGGGCCAGACCAGCAGCAGUGAUAACAUCAGUCAGUUCUCCGUGGACAGCAUCACCAGUCUGGACAGUAAAGAGCCUGUGUUCAUCGCCGCAGGGGACAUCCGGCGCCGUCUGUCCGAGAAUCUGGCCCACACCCCAACUACAUUCAGACGGGACCCUGAGGACCCCUCUGCGGUGGCCCUGAAGGAGCCCUGGAUGGAGAAAGUCCGCCGUAUCCGGGAGGCGUCUCCGUACGGACAUCUGCUGAACUGGAGACUUCUUUCUGUGAUCGUCAAGUGUGGAGACGACCUGCGGCAGGAGUUGCUGGCCUUUCAGGUCCUCCAACAACUGCAGAGCAUCUGGACGCAGGAGCGAGUUCCUCUGUGGAUUAAACCGUACAAAAUUGUGGUGAUGUCAUCAGACAGCGGGAUGAUCGAACCAGUGCUGAAUGCAGUUUCCCUGCACCAGGUGCGUAAGCAGAGUCAGCUCUCCCUGUUGGAUUACUUCUUACAAGAACACGGCAGCUUCACCACAGAAGAGUUUCUGUCGGCACAGAGGAACUUUGUCCAGAGCUGCGCCGGCUACAGCCUCAUCUGCUACCUGCUGCAAGUGAAGGACAGACACAAUGGGAACAUCUUGCUGGACUCUGAAGGACACAUUAUCCACAUCGACUUCGGCUUCAUACUGUCCAGCUCCCCGAGGAACCUGGGCUUUGAGACGUCAGCCUUCAAGCUGACGGCCGAGUUUGUGGACGUGAUGGGAGGUUUGGAUGGGGACAUGUUCCUAUAUUAUAAGAUGCUGAUGCUUCAGGGUUUGAUCGCGGCUCGUAAACACAUGGAGAAGGUCCUUCAGAUUGUGGAGAUUAUGCAGCAAGGGUCCCACCUCCCCUGCUUCCAUGGCUCCAGCACCAUCCGUGGCCUGAAGGAGCGCUUUCACAUGAGUCUGACGGAGGAGCAGCUGCAGGGUCUGGUGGAGCAGCUGGUGGACGGCUCCAUGAGGUCCAUCACUACCAAGCUCUAUGACUCCUUCCAGUACGUGACCAAUGGGAUCAUGUGA